AUGGCAUGCUAGUUGUGGUUGCUAAAGGCUGGGAAACACAUAGAAGCCCUUGCCCCAGGCUAUGGAAAAAGUGUCAUGGAGGUCUGCAUAUUUUUCCUUUGUGCUGUGGUAUUUCUCCCAGGUAUUGCUGCCAGUGUGCAUCCGGUGAAGGCAUUUCUCCAUCACACUGUACACCUAUCCUGCCAUUUUCCAAACUCUCAGAAAAUUGAUGUAAACAAUUUAAUAAUUUUUUGGCAAAAAGACACUAUUAAAGUGGUGCACGAAGUAUACUACGGCCAAGAAAAACAUGAGAACCUUAGUCCUGAAUAUAUAAAUCGCACCAAGGUGGACAUGGGCAAAUGGACCUUGCAGUUGUUAAAUGCAGGAGUUGAGGACGAGGGACGCUAUCAGUGUAUUAUUAUGCAAAAAAUAACUGAACGAUCAACAGAGGUCAUACAUAAAUCUGAGUGCUCACUGCACAUCAUUGCCAACUAUAGUCAACCUGAGAUAGCAGAACUGCACUCCGGGGAACUAAAACCCAAAGGAUACUUGAAUCUUUCCUGUUCUUCCAGUGGAGGUUAUCCAGAGCCCAAGGAGAUGACUUGGCUAAUUUCAUAUGAGAACAUCACCCACAGUAGUACAGCUCACAUGGAUGUCUCACAGGAUGCUGUGACAAAGCUGUACAACGUUACCAGCAAGCUGAAUAUCCUGGUUCCUACAAAAAGCCACACUAAUAUCAGCUGUUUGCUUCACCUUAGGGAGCAGCUGGGAAGCCUUGUCUCAGUCCCACUGGGCAUAGAGAUACAAGAGAAAAAAAUGAAGCAAGCAGAGAUAAAUUUCUUUGGCCCACUUAUAGCUGUGGUUGUGGUACUGAUCACUUCUGCACUUCUUCUGGGUUUUUUGAUAUUAAAGAAGAACAGAAAUAUCUUGUCUACCAACCAGAGUAAGUUACUAUCUGUCAUUCAUUUCUACCAUCCCUCAGCUUACUGGCUUUACCCUUCAUAA